GCAGUCUGCAGCCGUCGCGGCGGGCGGAGCACAACGAGUUCCGAGCCCGCGGGGGCGGAGCGACGAGAGCGGCCGCCGGAGACGUUCACACCCCCGGCCAAGGAGCGAGCCCGAGCCCGGGCGUCCAUGGGGCGCCUCCUUGGCCUGACCCUGACCGCGACCCCAGACUGCAGCGCGCGCCUGUCCUGACCCGGACCUGGGAUUUUGCUGGAGGAUCCCGCGGCCCGAAAAGGACUUGCAGAGCACAAUGGCUGAGCAGCUUCUUCCUCAGGCUUUGUAUUUGAGCAAUAUGCGGAAAGCUGUGAAGAUAAGAGAGCGAACACCAGAAGACAUUUUUAAACCUACCAAUGGGAUCAUUCAUCAUUUUAAAUCCAUGCACCGAUACACGCUGGAAAUGUUCAGAACUUGCCAGUUUUGUCCCCAAUUCCGGGAAAUCAUCCACAAAGCUCUCAUUGACAGAAGCAUCCAGGCUUCCCUGGAAAGCCAGAAGAAGCUCAACUGGUGUCGUGAAGUGAGGAAGCUCGUGGCACUGAAAACCAAUGGUGAUGGAAAUUGCCUCAUGCAUGCUGCUUGUCAGUAUAUGUGGGGUGUCCAGGACACAGACCUGGUCCUGAGGAAGGCACUCUUCAGCACUCUCAAGGAGACUGACACACGCAACUUUAAAUUCCGCUGGCAGCUGGAAUCUCUGAAAUCUCAGGAAUUCGUGGAAACGGGACUUUGCUAUGACACUAGGAACUGGAAUGAUGAAUGGGACAACCUUAUCAAAAUGGCAUCCACAGACACCCCAGCAGCCCGAAGUGGACUUCAGUAUAAUUCACUGGAAGAAAUUCAUAUAUUUGUCCUUUGCAACAUCCUCAGAAGGCCCAUCAUUGUCAUUUCAGAUAAAAUGCUGAGAAGUUUGGAAUCAGGUUCCAAUUUCGCCCCUUUGAAAGUGGGUGGAAUUUACUUGCCUCUCCACUGGCCUGCACAGGAAUGCUACAGAUACCCCAUUGUUCUUGGUUAUGACAGCCAGCACUUUGUACCCCUGGUGACUCUGAAGGACAGUGGGCCUGAAAUCCGAGCUGUACCACUUGUCAACAGAGACCGAGGAAGAUUUGAAGACUUAAAAAUUCACUUUCUGACAGAGCCUGAAAAUGAGAUGAAGGACAAGCUCUUAAAAGAGUACUUGAUGGUGAUAGAAAUCCCGGUCCAAGGCUGGGACCACGGCACCACUCAUCUGAUUAAUGCUGCAAAGUUGGAUGAAGCUAACUUACCAAAGGAGAUCAACCUGGUAGAUGAUUACUUUGAACUUGUUCAGCAUGAGUACAAGAAGUGGCAGGAGAACAACGAGCAGGGGAGGAGAGGGGCACGCUCGCAGAACCCUGUGGAACCUUCUACACCCCAGCUUUCUCUCAUGGAUGUAAAAUGUGAAACGCCCAACUGCCCUUUCUUCAUGUCUGUGAACACCCAGCCUUUCUGCCAUGAGUGCUCAGAGAGACGGCAGAAGACCCAAAACAAACUGCCAAAGCUGAACUUCAAGCCAGGCCCAGAUGGGUUGCCCGGGGUGGCACUUGGGGCCUCUCGGGGAGAGGCCUACGAGCCCUCAGCCUGGAACCCCGAGGAGCCAGCUGGAGGGCCUCAUUCAGCCCCACCAACAGCGCCCAGCCUUUUCCUGUUCAGCGAGACCACCGCCAUGAAGUGCAGGAGUCCCGGCUGCCCUUUCACGCUGAAUGUGCAACACAAUGGAUUCUGUGAGCGUUGUCACAGUGCCCGGCAGGUCAAUGCCAACCACACCACAGACACCACCAGGCAUUUAGAUCCUGGUAAGUGCCGAGCCUGCCUCCAGGACGUUACCAGGACAUUUAAUGGGAUCUGCAGUACUUGCUUCAAAAGGACUACAGCAGAGCCCUCCUCCAGCUUAGGUUCCAGCCUCCCUCCUUCCUGUCACCAGCGGUCCAAGUCAGACCCCUCACAGCUCAUCCAGAGUCUUUCCCCGCACAGUUGCCACAGAGCUGGAAACGAUGCCCCCUCUGGCUGCCUCUCCCAAGCCUCAAGGACUCCAGGGGACAGGACUGGGACCAGCAAGUGCAGAAAAGCUGGCUGUGUGUAUUUUGGAACUCCAGAAAACAAGGGAUUUUGCACGCUGUGUUUCAUCGAGUACAGAGAAAACAAACAUUUUGGCGCUGCCUCAGGGAAAGCCAGUUCCACAGCCUCCCGGUUCCAGAACGCUGUUCCGUGCCUAGGGAGGGAGUGCGGCACCCUUGGAAGCACCAUGUUUGAAGGAUACUGUCAGAAGUGCUUCAUUGAAGCUCAGAACCAGAGAUUUCAUGAAGCAAAAAGGACUGACCAGCAACUGAGAUCGAGCCAGCGCAGAGAUGUGCCUCGAACCACACAGGGCGCCUCAAGGCCCAAGUGUGCCCGAGCUUCCUGCAAGAACAUCCUGGCCUGCCGCAGUGAAGAGCUCUGUAUGGAGUGCCAGCACCUCAGCCAGCGGGUGGGCCCUGGGACCCACCGGGGUGAACCUACUCCUGAAGAGCCCCCCAAACAGCGCUGCCGGGCCCCUGCCUGCGAUCACUUUGGCAACACCAAGUGCAACGGCUACUGCAAUGAAUGCUUUCAGUUCAAGCAGAUGUAUGGCUAAGCAGAAACAUGUGACCAGCUCCACCAAGAGGGGCCGCAGGCCACCAGCCAGAGUGGUGCUAUGCUCCAAACCCCCGGAUGCCAUGGAAGGGGCGGGCCCUGGGACAGUGGCCUUGAGGGUGUCUUCAAGCAAGGGAGGGAAGAUAAGCUCUUCGUCAUGACUGUGAUUCAGGGAUUUGGUAACCAGGAAUAUUCCCAAGCAGCCUCAGAGCAAAGCUUGUGACUAGCAGUGUGUUCUGUCAGAUUCAGCCCCAGCCUCUCGUUGCUCCUCUCCUGCCAAGCAGAGGGCUGGGACAACUUUGGACUUGGAAUGUGUGCUAGGACUAGCAGUAGCCCCUACCCUCCACCCGCCAGGACUGCUUUAUCAUCUUGCAAAAACAGAAAAAGACACAUGGACAGACGGUCAGGAGGCCCAGAGCCAUCCCACCUGCCCUCCAUCAGCAUUUUUCAGAGUUGUGAAGUUGAAUCCUCAAGGCACAAAAAGCCCUCUGCAAGUGCUUGCAGAAGCUCAGGGAGAAUUCACGUAUUCACAAAGUAUCAGUAGUUCAUGGUUGUCCCCACCUAUUUGGCACCUUUCUAUCUUUUUUUUUCCUUUGUAUUUUAGAGUCUUUUUAAAAAUUUGUUCUUUUUAGACAUACAUGACAGUAGAGUGUAUUUUGACAUACAUACAUACAUGGCAUAUAACUUC